CUAUGGAAACCUUUCAUCAACAGACGUCCCCCUUUUACUGUUGCUGCUACUAGGGUUCACAGAAUUAAUUAUAAUAUUAAUUAUGAAUAAUAAUAAUAAUAAUAAUCAUUAUUAUGCUUUAAAUAAGUAUCGAACUUUAUGUAUAUUGAUUCGGUUAAAGUAAGAAGCUAUGAUUUCGAAAAGAAUAUUUGCUUUUAUUGAUUGAGUUUCUGGAGUUGUAAAGAGAGAGAGAGAGAGAGAGAGAGUAAGGUGGGUGACCUGUUGCAGCUACGAAUAUCAUUGGUGGACUGACAGACAUAUGUUCAGGUGUGGAAGGUAAUGACAGCUGAGACGAAAGCUUUUUAAAAAGUUUUGAAGAAGGUAACCUCCCGCCAACCGAGAAGUAAAGUUUUACUCGACUUCGUUGAAUGCUAUGGCUUUAACUUUCGUGUUGAUUACAUUAGGUUGAAUCGGUUCCAUUGUCAGUCCAUAGUUUUAUUAGACGAACACUGCUACUUCCUCCGUCCCGUGAAAAUCUUUCCUUAUAAUCCCAAUCCGUUUCUAUCGAUUCGUUUGAAAUUGUUACUACUUUCUAAUUCAAUAACAGAAUCAGAAGAUUUUAUUGUGAUUUUUCUCGGUCCCAAACAGGUGCUAUGUCUUCAAAGAAGGAAAGACGAACGAUACUUGCUUCUAUAUGGUCGCAACCGACAGUCCACGAAUUGGAUUUUUUCGACAAGGGUAAAUAUGUGGUUGUGACUUCAACCUACAAAGAUAUCAUAAAGUGGUGGAUGAAUGUUCUGAAAGUAUUCUACCCACAGGAGACAUAUCGAGAGAAAGGAGACCUUAUCAAGUUGAAGCCAGUUAGUGGGGUCACUUUACGCCUCAAUAAAACUUCGGGAGUGAUGAGAAUCGAAGGGAAAAACCAUUGGGUUUGGUUUGUCGAUAAUUUUGCCAACAUCCUGGAACAAGGAAAUGCUGAUGCCGAGUCACUUGCUGAACAAUCGGAUACAUCUGUUACAAGAUAUUUACAUUUGGAUAAAAACCUCGAUGAAGUUCAAGAAUUCAUUGAUAUGAUUCCAGAAGGUGGUGGCAUCAUGAGUCAUGAUUUUAUCUUACAACUUUGGAAAUGUCUGCUGGAUGAUUGGUUUGGAGUUGGUGCCACUGUUUAUAUUGUGACACCACAGAUUGACCCAGAACGCCUGUUCAGCAUAUAUUUACUAAUGAUAAGGAAUAAAGGAACUGGUUUUAAUGUUACUCUGUUGACACCAGAGAAAGGACCAGAUCGUUUCAGUAAAGUUCUGGACACAGCCAAGCAGUUGAUGAAAAAGACUCGAACAUCACGGCAUACCUUGCUUGUAUCUGAUGUAAAACGUGAGUGGGUUACUAACAAACUAACAAUUCGCCAUGAAGAAUUCUCCACUAAUUUCAUAGCUGCCUACAAAGACCACGAAGCAGAAGUGUUGACAACAACUGCUUAUUUCCACAAAAGUCAUUUUAACUUUAACCAGAAAGAUACAGUCACAUAUAAUAAGUUACCAACAUCUGAAUUACGACGUAACUAUCUCCUUCCUUUAGGGUUCGGAGAGAGAAAUUUUUGAAGUCUGGUUACUAUUCUCUUUGUGAAUUUGAGUAAUUUUUGGUAUUCCACCAGGGACAUUAGAAUAAGGAACAAACGUUUCCAGUAUUGAGAAGACAUUCCAGAUAUAAAUUUACCAACACUGCUGGGUGUAUUUCACUUUCAUUUCCUUUGACCAUUGCUCAAGGUUUGAUAAUUAUUGUAAGAGCAAAUUUUGAGGCUGAAAGAACCAAAAUAUUUCUGAAGCAUGUCAAUAAAUAUUUGGAGGAUAAAAUAUAUUGUAACUUAGGGUUUCAGCAACAUGGAAUGGAUGAAUCCCCAUAGAGGACCGAAACUGUUUCACCCAUCAAAGGAAGAUUUCUCAAGAAAAAUUUGUUAAAGCAGCGCUGUAAUGUCUCUACUUCAGUCUGUUUCUCCUGUCUUUACUAAUCAAACUCUAUUUCUGUGUGUGUCUAAUUUAUUUGCUCAGUAUUUUGAUUUCGAUAUACAAAUACUGUAUAUAUAAACCAAACAAUGCAAGCAUGGAAAAGCAGCUGUCAAAAUAACAAUGAUUCCGGAUUUAGUUUCUAUUUCUUGCUCCACAAUGAAAUCUUUCAUCUGCCAUCAUUUUCAGGAAGUUUGUGACUUAAAAAAGAAAGAAAAAGUGGGGACAUAUUCUGUACUUACAAAAGCUGCACUGAGAUUAUCAUUUCAAUAAACCUUUGGUGAAAUAUGCUGAUAAUAAAGAAGUAUUUCUAUUU